GUGAGUUUCCUCCGAGGGCAGUCCUUUUGAAGCGAGGCAGCAGUAGGAACUAAUUUUCCAGUCCUGAAACGACGACGGUCCUCUGAAAACAACAUCAGUCUUUGCAGUAGCAGCCAGUCUUCUCGUGGUUUGGAGGCCGACGCCCAUCUCACUACCCAGAAGCCAUGGCAGAUGAAGCGGACAUGCGCAAUGAGCUGGAAAACCUGCAGGCGAAGGCGGACCAGAUAGCUGAUGAGGGUGAACGUGUGGCAUCUGAGUCGCUGGAGAGCACUCGGCGUAUGCUGGCCAUGGUGGAGGAGAGUAAAGAUGCUGGCAUCAGGACUCUGGUUAUGCUGGAUGAACAGGGAGAGCAACUGGAGCGGAUCGAGGAGGGGAUGGACCAGAUCAAUAAGGACAUGAAGGAUGCAGAAAAGAAUUUGAACAAUCUAGGGUCUCUCUGUGGUCUUUGUUCAUGUCCCUGUAACAAGAUAAAGGGUGGGGGCCAGGCGUGGGGGGCCAACCAGGAUGGAGUGGUGAACAGUCAGCCAGGGGCCCGUGUGGUGGACGAACGUGAACAGAUGGCCAUCAGUGGAGGCUUCAUCCGCAGGGUAACGGACGAUGCCCGGGAGAAUGAGAUGGAUGAGAACCUGGAGCAGGUGGGCGGGAUCAUCGGUAACCUGCGUCACAUGGCCCUGGACAUGGGCAACGAGAUCGACACCCAGAACCGCCAGAUCGACAGGAUCAUGGACAAGGCUGAUUCCAACAAGACCAGGAUUGACGAAGCCAACCAGCGUGCCACAAAGAUGUUGGGCUAAGCUGCAGCGACAACUGCUUUCAAUCCCCCCACCCCAAACAUGCUUUUAUCAUGGUACUUUCUCAGUAGGUUUGCACAUAUAAGACCCCCCUCCUCCUCUUCCUGUUGUAAAUGUUGUUCUGUGUCGUCUCUUUGGCUUUUAUUAAAAUGAUAGUCCUGGUUAAUUGUCUCGUCCUCUACCCCCCAUUCUGUCUCUCCUCCUACAGUUGUUCCUCUACCCCCCAUUCUGUCUCUCCUCCUACAGUUGUUCCUCUACCCCCCAUUCUGUCUCUCCUCCUACAGUUGUUCCUCUACCCCCCAUUCUGUCUCUCCUCCUACAGUUGUUCCUCUACCCCCCCAUUCUGUCUCUCCUCCUAAAGUAUAAAGUGCUUCUUUGAUGGUUGUUGCUCACCUGUGCAGUUCUCUUUCUCUGUUUCCGUCUUGCUCAUCUUUUUAUAUAAACUGUAUUUACAUAAUUACUCAGAUACCACGACUACUAUUGCUUUACAUCAUUACCCAGAUACCACGACUACUAUUGCUUUACAUCAGACUACUAUUGCUUUACAUAAUUACCCAUAUACCACGACUACUAUUGCUUUACAUCAGACUACUAUUGCUUUACAUCAUUACCCAGAUACGACUACUAUUGCUUUACAUCAUUACCCAGAUACCACGACUACUAUUGCUUUACAUAAUUACCCAGAUACCACGACUACUAUUGCUUUACAUCAGACUACUAUUGCUUUACAUCAGACUACUAUUGCUUUACAUCAUUACCCACAUACCACGACUACUAUUGCUUUACAUCAGACUACUAUUGCUUUACAUGAGCAGGACACUACAUGUUGUUUCUUCCAUGUGUCAGUGGUAUGACAGUGUUGUCCAUGUGAGACACUGGUGCUCUGUAGUUAAUGUUGUUGUUGUGAUGCUAAACGAAAGUAAGUAACCAGACGAGUCAGAACUCCCACAACAUUGUCAUCUUCCUCCCAGACACUCCCAUUUGGACAAUGGGCAACUGUGCUGGGAACAUGACCAGUGAUGCACCUCAUUUUCAGCCCAGCUCACGCCUUCAAUGCAAGUUAUUUUGCAUUAUCAUUGACAAAGAUGAGUAGCAGUACACCAAUGGUAGUUUCUAAAGUCAAUAAACACAUUCAGUGUACGUGAGCCCAAGUGUCCCAUGUGGAGAAUUGAAACCCACAACCUAGGGUUUGGGCAGCACCAUGCUCAAACCAACUGUACUAUAAUCAACUCAUUGUCAGGGGCAGAGUAUCUAAAUACCCCCCAAACCCCCUCUCAGACAGGCCUGGGGAUGGGAGGAGCUAAGGAGGUGGGAGAACAACAAGGAACAGAAUGCUUUGGUUACUUAACGCAGGUGGGCUCCAAAGCAGUAGCAGCCAUUCAUGGUUGGCCCAUCAACCUUUGGUUAUGUCCGGCUCAACCGCUCGGUCUUACUCCCAUUGAUGUACAGUAGCCUCACGUGUGUUAUGCAUGUCCGUCAGCAGAUAGAACUCAGCAUCUUAUGAAUAAAUCUUCUAGAGCAAGUAACAUGGCCGCCACAGCAUGCCCAGCAGUAUGUAGGACACUCCCAGCUGAGAGGAUACUCUGCAAUAGUGCCACUCUUUUGUUCACACAUUUCCAGACUGUGACCAUCAUUGUAAAAUAAGGUGAAAAAAUGCCAAUAAAAACCAUGACUGUAGAACAAAAA